CGGAUAUUGGGGGAGGAGCCGGGUUUGUUGUGAGUGCGACACAAGCAGCUGGGCGGCCUGAGAGGACGGAGCGUUAGAGGGAUUUACCAUGGUGAAGAUCGCAUUCAGUUCGCCCUUCGCGGGCAAGGGGCCCGGUAAAGAUGUCGAGGCUUUGGUAGCCGAGAAGGAUCCUGAGGUGGCCACACAUGGAGCCGAUAACUCAACAGGCAGGUGUCUGCUCACACUCCUGGGGCUCGCGUUCAUCCUGGCAGGGCUCAUUGUCGGCGGUGCCUGCAUCUACAAGUACUUUAUGCCCAGGCACAAGUUUGAAGGAAAAAUGUCGUAUAUGGAGCUGAAUGAUCACUCUGAAGAACCCUAUUACCUGCCGGUGUCUGAGGAAGCGGAUAUCCGAGAGGAUGAAAAUGUUGCGUUUAUCACUGUCCCGGUGCCAAAUUUUGCGGAAGGGGACUCUGCGGCAAUCGUUCAUGACUUUGACAGACUCCUGACUGCCUACCUGGACCUGCAGCUCCAGAAGUGCUAUGUGAUUAAUAUGAACACCUCUGUGGUUAUGCCCCCAAGGAACCUGAUGGACCUCUUCAUGAAGCUAAAUACGUACCUGCCUCAGACCUACUUGGUCCGGGAAGAGCUGGUGGUGACCGAGCGAAUCGAUGAUGUCUCUGAUUUGGGCAUUUUCAUCUAUCGUCAAUGUGCCGGGCGAGAGACGUACAGACUGCAGAGAAGAGAUCAGAUCAUUGGUCUCCAGAAGCGUUCUGCUGAACAGUGCCGCAAAAUCACGCACUUCGAGAAUAAAUUUGUGAUGGAAACCACGAUCUGCGAGCAGUGAGCUCUCGGGGUCAGUUUCCCGUAACCACUAAGAAGUCCCACUUUCCCGACUUCUCAGUUACGAUGUGCAGUGAUAAUCAAAGCCUUUCCCACGAAGCGUUGCUGUGUGCUACUGCUCUUAGCUUUCCUACGGCCCUGGUGUGUAGCCGCACGGGGCGAAGUACAACCUCAGGAACUCAGUUGUGAGGAAUUUACUGGACCUGUCGUUUAAAUAAAAAAAUAUAUAUAUCUAUAAAUGUUCCGUUCAGAAAUAUUAAGUAAUGUUAUUAGAUGGUGGAUGCAAUAAAGUAGUAUUAUUUGCACAGUUUCUACAAACUUUAUCUUGGUAAUCUUUAGACUUUCUGACGUUGGUUUGACGCAUGUCAUUCUGUGCGCUACUACUGUACUCAGUUUAUUUGUAUAUCUGAAGGUUUUCCUAACUCUUUAACCUUAAAACUGAUUUCUUCCCCUGGUUUAAUUGCUCAAAGCUCUCCCCUUUGUUCCAUUCGGUGUCUGGCAAGUAUGUCCUAUAGACAAAACGCCACACCGAAUACCAAGGCGUGGCACUGAAGGUGUUAACCCGGCAUGUAUACUUGUGACACUAGAUGUAAAAUCUGGCUUCAGUUUGUGAUCAACAUUUCUCUAAUAAAUUUCUUUUUUCUGUGGAUUCUUCCUUUUAAAAUAA